GGCAUAUCAUCAUCAUAAUCAUCGUCAUCAUCAUUGCUAUAGUAUUGCUACCGCGUAGUCUUCUUCACCAAAUAGCUAGCUACCUACCUACCUAUAGCCACAGACAAGCUACUAUAAACCAAGGUACUCUAUAACUAGGUACCUAACCUAUAUACUCUCUUACGAUGUCGUCAUCGCCAUCCACAAUCGAGGCUCUCGCCCGCUGGGCUCGCCUCAAAAAGUACCGUAUCGAGGUCACCUAUGGCGUGUACGUCUUCACGCCUGUAGAGAAGGCCAUCUUCUGGACCAUCUUCUGCUUCCUGUUUACCACCAUCUCCUUCGCCGCCGUCCUCUACACCCAACGGAACGUUCUCUUGUUGCUCAGAUACGCCUCCUCCUCCUUCUACGUCGGCGGCGAGGGCCAUAUCAUCAACAACGUCGUUCCGAACUUGUUCCCCAGGAGCGGCGUCCCGCUGGGCAUGGCCGGCUCCGGCAUAACAUCGGUCGCCGAGACUAUGAGUACCGCGGCCAACUCCCAGAUCCCAUAGGUACCUGUCUCAACCAUGGGAAAUCCGUAUGGGAGCGUGUGUGUUCGUUCCAUCGAAGGGGCGCUGGUGGCUGCACGAGAAUCAGAUUUCUAUUUGCUUGUUGAGAAGGGAUGGAAUCCUGGGGAACCUAGGUACUACGAUUAGAUCUGAGACCACACCACCUGAAGUUCACAUACCCCUUGUGCAGCGCGCAUAGGCCAUAGGUCGCGUGUAGGGAAGCUAAUAGUGUGUGGUAUAAAUACGAUGUAUCACGCUAUCCUCUUGCACGACGGGACCACCAAGAAAGUUUCCGAGGGCGAGCUAUGCCGCAAUUACACUUUACUUCCCGUGGCUUUUUGGCGUUGCGAAUAAGCACAUCUGGUAUGACGUCUCUGGGCGUGUUGACAAGAAAAAUUGGGGGAAUAAGUGAGCUGGAUGGAAUAGGGGCAGGGAUAGGGGAGGAACUGGUAGGCGGAGGCUGGUUACGAAUUAUGGCCAAUGUAAAUAUUUGGGUUUGACGACUUGCAUAAGGGGUGAUUUUGGGUAUACCCUCGUUCGAAGGCGUUUUGAAAGUUUGGUGCAAUACCCCCUCCUUUUGUCUUUUAGCACGCGAUAGCGGAUACUCCCUACCUGUUCAAA